CCCCGCUGCAGCGUACGGCCAUGGCCGGCUGGGCGACGGUGACCGCGCUCAUGGACCCCGAGCGGGCGGACAUGGUGGCGACCCUGGGAGAGGUGACGGGCAGGCUGGCCCUCGAGCAGCUCUACAGGUCCAUGCUGGCUGACCCAGAAGGGCGGGAGAUCCUCCGGGCGAGACCGGUUAUCAACGAAGCCACGGUUGACCUGGCCGCGCUUGCGGCCCUUCCCGAUGGCACCUUGGGGAAGAGCUACUCCAACUUCAUGAAGGAGAACAACUUUUCUCCCGAUGGUCGCAGCCCGGUGAAGUACGUGGACGACCCGGACCUGGCGUACGUGAUGCGCAGCGGCGGCGGCGGCGGUGGAAAGUGGCGGGGGAGCCGUGAGGUGCUGGCGCGUACGUUCAUCCCGUGGGCCGUCCGGGCGGGGAGGAGAGCCAGAAGGCCCCUGGUGUGCGUGUGGUACGAGAAGCGGUGGGAGCAGCCGCUGGAACUGGUGCGGAGGGACCUGGGGGUGGAGAUGGCGCCGCAGAGAGGGUAGGGCGGCGAGGCUCCGCGGUAGCGUUGUUAUUUCUUCAGCUGCUGUCGCGGGCGGAGUUGAACGACAGAUCAAUCCCUCUUGUUGUUGUGGAACUUGGAUUUUAGUCCCGUCUGUGCGUCAUCUGUGGGGGAUACGCGUAUGGGAAGUAUGUGGCGUGAUGGGUAUGUGUGCGGUUAGGGUUCAAGGACGGUCCCCCCGGGGGAGCACACGACGGUGCGCUCCUGUUGUUUGCCUAUGGGGUGAGAGCGCUCCUUGUCGUAGGUGUAGUUGGUGUGUGUGUGUCCCUGAACGCACACGCGCGUGUGACCCGCUGGCGUGUGCGAGGCUUGUUCGUGUUGUAGUACACGAUUGCUUUCCUUCAUCUACCAUUCCUGGGGUAACUGAGUACCCAGUCUGACACCAACCGCUGAGGGCGGUAUCGCCACGAACACCUACCCUUAUCCCCCGUCGACAAAAAAGGGCGGCUGCUUGAGAGGGAAUCAAGGGCCUGCCAGUAAGGACGACCCAUCACCCUCAUGGCAGUGGAAUAGAAUGUGCUUCGGCGUCGUUUUCUUUUCUGUCAGCGAUCAUUUGCUCUAGAAAACGUAUGAGUUAAAUUUUCUGUCGCGACAGCGGCUUCGUGGAAGCGGUUGCUUCGACUCUGUAUUGAUGAGCUUCUCGAUCUCAGCGUUCUUGCUGUGUUAUUCACGACGUACAGCAGUACAGGGGGAGCCCUCGACAGGGGAAACGCUUGCAAAGCAAGGCCCUGGCGCUGCAGCAGCGCGUUCGCCAGAUGGUUCAUACCAUUGGCGCGGGAUGCCGUAAUCGUCGGAUUCCGCCCCCCCUUCAUAACAACCCCCCGCCCAGCCAUCGGGGUUGAGUUUUCGUCGCUU